CAAUCAAUACAAAGCAAAAUCCAUUUCAAUGGAGCUCCAAGUAGUAGUAGAAACAACUUCCACCACCUACAUCAAACCUUCUUCCCCAACCCCACCCCACCUCCAAAUCUACAACAUCAGCGGAAUGGAUCAAAUCAACCCGCAAAUCUACGGCCCCGUCAUCCUCUUCUACCCUCCUCCGCCGCAACCCGACCACCGCCGAUCAUCCCUCCUCAAGCAGUCCUUAUCCGACACCCUUUCUCGCUACUUCCCAUUAGCCGGAAAAUUCAGACACGACGGCCUCUCCAUCGACUGCAGCGCCGCCGCCGCCGGGGCUUACUACGCCGAGGCCAGAAUCGUCAAUAAAAACACCUCCCUCUUCCAAUUCCUCGCCGAAUUAAACCUCGCCGCAAUCAAACACCUCUUCCCCCUUUCCGCGGUGGAGAAUAAUAACAUCUUAUCCCCGCCGCCGCCGGGAUCCCCUGUAAUCCUCUUGCAGGUAACGUGGUUCCCCUGCGGCGGCGCUUCGAUCGCUCUGCUGGUGGCGCACAACGUGCUCGAUGCUUCGUCGAUCGGGUGCUUCCUCCGUGCCUGGGGCGGCGCCGCCGCGGCUCUGAUCCGGAAUCAGCCGCCGUUGGCCGGUGGUGGUGAUGGUGGUUCUGGGAUUUGGGAUCCGAAAUUCGGCGGGGAUUCGAUUUUCCCGCGGAAUGAGAUGCGAUCGCCGUCUCCGGCGGCGGUGACGGCGGCGGAGCAGAGGAAUUCGCCGGCUGUUACCAGAAGGUUCGUCUUCAAUGCUGCGGGAUUGGCCAGUCUCAAAGAGAAAUUGAAGGAGCCAAUGAUCAGCAGAGUCCUAGCAGUGACUGCAAUUCUUUGCGAGUCCAUUCUGCGCGCAAUCACCGCCAGCAGAGCGCCGCCGUCGGCGGUAGUCGUGACCCAAGCUGUGAACCUGCGGCGGAAGGGGUACCCGCCGUUUCCAACGAAUUCAUUCGGAAACUACGUAAUCAACGCCGUCGCUACGAUCGACCCACGAGAGAUUGAAGACCCGAGCUGCUGCCUGGUGAAGCUGCUGAUGGAUUCGGUGGCGAAGAGGAGCGGCGGCGGGUUCGUGAGCAAGAUUCAGGGGAGGGCAGGGGCGGCUCUGUUGGCGGAGGCGGCGGCAGACGAGUACAGGGCAGGACGGCGGCGGAUCGGUUUCACGAGCUGGAGCCGGCUGGGGUUGUACGACGCGGAUUUCGGGUGGGGGGAGCCGGCGUGGCUGGGCUUGCUGCCGAGCGAUCAAGCGGACGACGGCGGCGGCGGGGUGAUGGAUUUGGUGAUGAUUUUGGACACCAAGGACGGGAGUGGAUUGGAAGCGUGGGUGUUUUUGGAGGGAAAUGAAAUGGGUAUGUUGGAGAAUGACGAGAAACUCCUCUCCUUUGCUUGUUUGGAUCCCAGGCCGCGGUUUAUUCCGGAUUCGACUGUUCGAUCUCGACUCUAACCUGGGAUCCAAUUUCGAACAUGGAUUUGAUUCCAAUUGUCACCUCAAAUUUUUUCAAUGAACCUCGACGUGGCUAGUGUGUUUGUCUCAUCUCCUACACUAACACUACUAGCCUUUGUCCUCGAGCUUAGUUGACUUCAUUUUGGUCCUCAUGUUUUACUUUUGAGAUUGUGGAGGGCAAGUUGCUACCUCAAAACCCUAAAUUGCAAGUUUUGCAUAGUUAGGACAAAGAAAGCAAGACUUUUCAUUGCUUACAUAUAUAAUUACUAGCUGCUUAAUUCCUUGGAACUCUUUACACAUCAUAGCUUAGGGUGAGGGUACCUUCAUCACAUAAAGUGAAAGAACAAAAAUGGCAAACCAUAUCUAAAUACUAAUUAACAUAACACAUAUACUCAUAUAGUCCUAUUAAAAUACACUUAGUUGUACUUAUACACAUUAUCUUUUGAUCAAAGGCCUAGUUGAGCAGGCUCAAGGUGCUAAUGGGCCUGGGAGGGAAUUGGGCCUUAUUGGGCUGUGGUGGGUAGUUGUGGUGAAAUAUUGUGGGUGGGAGGGAGUGUACAUAUUUGCAAUUGGGGCAACAAGGAGAUGACUUGGAGAGUAUCACAAGGAGGUGACAAUUCAAACAUGCCAAUGCCACCAUGUUAUUGUCCUUGUCAUCAUCAUUAGUACUACUACUUCCACCAUCACUAGGACUGAAAUUCCCUUCUUGUGAUGGUGAGGCUGGAAUUUGGUGAUGGUGAAGCUUCAUCAUGUUGUGUUGAUGGUGAUCACUCACAUUGUUGUAGUACUUGCUCGGCGAUGAGAUGUUGAGCUCCAGGUCCAGGCUCCUGUUGUUUCGAUCGUUUUCGUUGUCAUGGUACGCGUCCUUUGGUCGGUUCCAGCUCUUUCUUGACGUCUUCCUGUUGAAGUAGUACAUCGUUCCCGACUGUACCACAUAUCAAGAAUCGCAAAUCGAUUAGACAAGUUGGACGUGACAGCAACUUAACUAUGACGAGACCACGACACGACUCGAGUUGUGAAUUUGUACAGUCUCUCUCUCUAUAUCAGUCAAUCGUUGAUAGGUCGAUGAGCUAAGAGUGGGGUAAGUCUACAAACUUAAGCAUAGUAAACAAACUUUCUUAUUAUUC